AUGAUGUUACCCCAAUCAAAAAAGAUUCCAUUCGAUGCUGAAACCAAUCCUAAACCUGUCAUCAGGAAUAGUGAAAUUGAUUCGAGUGCUGCAUCAACAAUCGAUGAAGCAGUAGCAGUAGCNCACCACCAGCAGCAGCAACAACAACACGACAAGAGGAUUCUGAGUCUGACGGGUACGAUUCUGAUGGAUAUCAAUCGUUUCAGCAGCACCACAGUCGUCAGCCGUUCUAGAACGACACUUGCUAUUCCCAUUGCAUCUAAAAAGAGAUCUGUGACAUUCAUCACAGCCACAAGAAUGCGAAUUUUCUUAUUCAUAACACUGAUCAUUCUCCUAGCCUUAACGAUCUACGUGCACGCUAAUUGGCGACCUGGACAGCCGCGAUGGAGUGUAUCGCAGAUGAGUGAUCAAAGCGAGAAGUUGAUUUGUCAAAUGACAAAUCAAACGCUUUUCAAAGAAAUCCUAAAGCCUUUACUUGUGCCCCGAAUUUAUAUUACGAGAUCGGUGGAGAAUGCCGGCUUCGCGGUGGAAUACGAUAGUUUCGUUGAGUUUACACCACAUGGCAAUAAACAAUUCAAGAAUAUCAUCGCGACAUUCGAUCCGAGUGCACCGAGACGAUUCGUUUUAGCGUGUCAUUAUGAGUCGAAGAUAUUCCCGGGUGCGAAUUUCAUUGGUGCAACCGAUUCGGCCGUACCGUGUGCGAUGUUGUUGGAUAUUGCAAGAACGUUGGGACCUUAUCUGAGCAAUCGUCGCAAUAAGGAUGUGACUUUGCAAUUGCUGUUCCUGGACGGCGAAGAAGCGUUUAGUGAAUGGACAGCCACUGAUUCGCUUUACGGAGCGAGGCAUUUGUCAAGGAAGUGGCAUGAAAUGCCAUUUACUAAUCCGAUUGAUCCAAGGUCCACGAUGAAAUCUGAACUGGAUCGAAUCCAUUUGCCGCAUAUAUUCGUCUCAGGCUUAUCGUGGGCGGCCGUCGAGGAUGAUCACGUUCCGUUCCGCAGACGUGGUGUUCCCAUACUUCAUAUUAUACCGGUGCCUUUCCCGGAUGUUUGGCAUCAACUAAGCGAUAACGAAUCAGCACUGCACUACCCAACUAUCGAUAAUAUCGUCUCGAUUAUGCGAGUGUUUACGGCCAAAUACCUUAAUGUGCUACCAUAG